AUGGGUUCAUGUAAUCAAUGCAUAUAGAAAUAAGAGCACAUAAAAUCAGGAAGGAAUUAGAAUGUAACAAUGAAUUAAUUACCAUAAAAUCAUUAGAUGGCAAUUAAAAUAUAAUCUGCAUAUAGAUCAUAUGUAACUCGAUAAAAAUUUAAGUAAAUAUAAAUACUAAAUUAGUAAUUUAAAAUAAGCAGAAAAAGGAGUAAGGAAUCAGAUUGUAUGUAAUUCAACAGAAGAUUUCUAAAUUGAAUAUCAUACUAACUCAUAUUCUCCUAAAAUAAAUUAAUUUGAUGAAUCGAAUGCUAUUUCAAGCAUAAUAAAUAAUAAAAAACAAUCAGUUAUAUCACUUUUUAGUCGCCAAUAAAGUCUUAAAUUACAACCAAAAGAAUCUGAUUCGUUUGAUUUUGAAGAUUUAGAUCGUCAAGCCCAAUCCCCAGAAAAAAUAAGUGUUUAAUCUCCAGACAAGAGUUUGAGAUCUCUAAAAAGUCAAAAAAAUAAAUUAAAUUCAUUCAAAUUUAAAUGUGUCUUAACUCUCGAAAUAUUAGAAACAAAUGAUAAAAUAAAAUUAUAAUAAAAAAAUAUUAGACUAAAAUUAGAUACAAUAAAAUUAAUUGGUGGAAAUAUAUAUAAUGGAGAAUGGUUAAAUUAAUUACCAGAUGGAAAAGGUAAAUAUACAUUUUGUGAUUCAUCAUAUUAUUAAGGUGAUUUUGUAAAAGGAUUUUUUCACGGUAAAGGUGAAUUUCGAAAUAAAGAAGGAGCUAAUUAUCGUGGGUAAUGGUAGUAAAAUAAAAUGCAUGGUAAUGGUACUUAUAAUUAUAAUAAUGGAUGUAAAUAUGAAGGUAUUAUAAAUAUAUUAUAAAAUAAAGGUAAUUGGGAAAGAGAUCUACCAAAUGGAUAAGGAAUAGAAUGGUAUAUAAAUGGUUCAGUUUAUGUGGGUAGUUUUUUAAAUGGAUUAAAACAUGGAUAAGGAAAAUUAACAUUUAUAGAAGGAGAAACAUAUGAAGGUUAAUUUGAAUUUGAUAAUUUUAAUGGAAAAGGAACAUAUGUAAAUAUAUUAUAAAAAUAUUAUUUAGAGAUGGUUAGAUGGAAGAGUAUAUUAAGGAGAAUGGAUGUAUGGUAAAAUGAAUGGAAAAGGAUUGUUAAAUUGGCCUGAUGGACGUUUCUAUAAUGGUUAAUAUUUGAAUGAUUAGAAACAUGGAUUUGGUAUAUUUUGUUAUUCAGAUGGACGAAAAUAUGUAGGUUAAUGGAAAAGAGGUCUUUAACAUGGAUAAGGAGAAUUUCAUAAAAGUUGUUAAUAAUAGAUAACUAAAGGGAUUUGGAAGUCAGGAUAAUUAGUUAAAUUGCUCUGAUAAUAACUGC